GCUAAGCAUAUAUGCCAAUGCAACAAAACAGUACAAACACUCCAACCAAAUUUGUAGCAUAAAAUUUAAUUUUCUUAAGCUAGUACCAGAAUCUACAUAUACAUACAUAAAAUAUAUGGUUCUAUGUUUAGCAUUUCUUCAUCUGCACAUCUUCGAUAGUUGCAUCAGCUAAGGAAUCAUAAGUCUUUAUUACAUGCAAUCUUACUAAGUAUAUAAUCUAGAUAUCCUCGCUAUUCAUGCUCCUGGAUACUCUGCUGAGUUAGCUACUAUUUUCAGUUUACAUAUGAGUGAGUGAGUGUGCAACUUAAGAGUGUUUACGUUAUUAAUUGAGGAGAUAUGGAAGCUAGUAGAAACGGUGGGAAAUUCACGAAUGUGAGGCUUCUUUAUUUCUAUUUUCUGGCCCUUUCAUUUACAUAUUGUGAUGCAAGAAGAUCUCUGUUACUAGCUAAAGAUCCCUCACAUCUUAAAACUCAAGACAUAAAACACUUGACAAUUUUGGACAUGGCAAAGAACUUGAAUAUGCUAAUAGAUGUAUCAAUGAAAGAUUCAUCAAAUACUGAGUCUUUUGUCAGCUCCCCAUUUACUUUACCACCUUAUGAUUCCUUAGCUCCAAUCCCUUUAACUGACAAUAACAAUUCCCCACCAUUUUGUGUAUACCCACCUCCCAAUCCACAAUCCCCUGACACCACUUCCCCAAGCCCAUUUGACUAUAGUCCAACACCACCCUCAAGCCCAACUGAAAGCAUACCUACCCCUAACACACCAGAAACAUAUCCUAGCCCAACUAUCAUCACUCCUGGGCCUCCAGAGUCUUUUUCUAGCCCACCAAUUAUCACUCCUGGGCCUCCAGAGUCCUUUCCUAGCCCACCAAUUAUCACUCCUGGGACUCCAGAGUAUGCUACAAGCCCACCUUUCGACGAACCAAGCCCGCCUUAUUAUGAACCAAGCCCACCAAGUGGUGACAAUCCUAGCCCACCAGAAGAUGUACCAUCUCCAAUAGGUUUUGAGCCAAGUCCACCAGUUUUUGAACCACCUGUAGUAUAUCCACCACCAACAACACCACCACCAUCUAGAAGUAAAGGACAUGGAUCAGGAAGUGUUUGGUGUGUCGCAAAACCAUCGGUACCUGACCCAAUUAUUCAAGAGGCUAUGAAUUAUGCUUGUGCAUCUGGUGCUGAUUGUGAUCCUUUACAAACCAAUGGACAAUGUUAUCAACCUAACACAAUUUUAGCACAUGCUUCAUAUGCCUUCAAUAGUUAUUGGCAAAGGACUAAAGUUGCUGGGGGAACUUGUUCUUUUGGAGGGAUUGCUAUUCUAGUUACCGUAGAUCCAAGUUCACAAGGAUGUCGUUUUGACAGUGUUUAAUCAACAGAAGUGCAGAUGUAACUGUGAUCCAACUUUAGCUCACUGCAUCAAGCAGCAUAUAACAAGGUUCAUUUUUAGAAAAAUAAUGAAUCAAUACAAAUUAGAAUUUUCAAAGGCUUCAAUGCUUCAUAAGCAUCCUUUCCCAUGGAAUGUGGAACAGGGUAUAAGUUUUGUACUUAAAAGUAGAUUCAAGAGGAAUGUUUUGUAGCCAUUGAAUUAAUAAAUAUUUCUUAAUUUCAGUAACGGUUAUGAAAGAAAAUUAGGACAUAUAUUCAUGUAUGUUUUAUAAACAAGGGUAAAACUUAAAAGCUAGAAAAAUAAACAUAUUGUAAAUUGUAAUGAUAUGCUUCCUUAAAACAAAGGACAUAUUUUCAGUUUCUAUGGAUGCAACUUUGAGCAACAAAAAUAUCUUGAG